AUGGCAGAUCACGCAAAGCCAGACGACCACGUCGCCUCGGCCAAACUCAGCGUCGAGUCGCACCCCGAAUCCCGCGCCGCAGCCGCCUUCGCCAUGGACUCGCAGCACCGACAGGCCGUCGAGAAGUCGAUGAAGCGCAAGCUCGACACGCGCUGCGCGCUCUUCGUGCUCAUCUACAUCAUGAACUACCUCGACCGCAACAACAUGGCCGCCGCGCGCCUCAAGGGUCUGCAGGAGGACUUGAACCUCAGCUACAACCAGUACGCGACGUGCUUGAGCAUCCUGUACGUGGGAUAUAUCCUCAUGCAGGUGCCCUCCAACAUGUUCAUCAAUCGCAUCCAGCGCCCGUCGCUGUAUAUUUCUGCUGCGAUGCUGCUGUGGGGUCUUAUCUCGACGCUGUCGGGUAGUGUGCACAACUUUGCUGGCAUGGUCUGCAUUCGUUUCUUCCUAGGCUUUGUCGAAGCUGCGUUCUUGCCAGGCGCUCUUCUGAUUCUGUCGAAAUGGUACACGCGCCGCGAAUUGACCAAGCGCAACGCCAUUCUGUUCUGCGGCAACCUCAUCUCCAACGCCUUCUCCGCGCUUGUCGGCGCCGGCGUGCUGUCCAACAUGCAGGGUGUUCUGGGCCACGCAGCAUGGCGCUGGCUGUUCUGGAUCGAGGGCGCCAUCACAAUGAGCAUCGCCAUCUCUGCUGCUUUUAUUCUUCCCGAUCUGCCGCAUAACUCGCGGGGCUUCACGGAGGAGGAGCGACAGGUUGCGCAGCUGAGGAUGAUUGAGGAUGUCGGCGAGGCAGACGAGGAUUCUUCCGAGGAGAGCGCUUUCUACGGUCUUAAGCUUGCGGUCAAGGAUCUCAAGAUCUACAUCAUGAUGCUGACCUUUACUGCUUAUGUCGUUGGUCUUUCGUUCAAUGCUUUCUUCCCCAGUUUGACAGAGACGCUUGGCUUCGGAUACGUGCCUACUCUUUUGAUGAGCGCUCCUCCUUGGGUGUUCUCUUGUAUUGUCUCGGUCAUCAACGCCUGGCACUCGGACAGAACCCAAGAAAAGUUCUGGCACAUCGUCGGCCCAAUCGGCAUCGGCACGACAGGCUUCAUCAUCAGCAUGGCGACCGAGAACGUCGCAGCGCGCUACCUCGCCCUCUUCCUGCAAGCAGCAUCUUACGCAGGCUUCAUCGUCUUCUACUCAUGGAUCAGCUCAUCCUUCCCACGACCCCCCGCCAAGCGCGCUGUCGCCAUCGCCAUGAUCAACGCCUUCAGCCAGCUCGGCAACGUCGCGGGCUCGUACGUCUGGGACCUGAAGGAGAACGGGUACCGCAAGAGCUACGGCAUUGUGCUGUCCAUGUUUGGCGUCACAGUGGUCGGAUGCUACAUCUUCAGGCUGGUGCUGAUCGACCUCAACAAAAAGCUCGAGAGGGGAGAGGCCAAUGCUUGGGAGACGCGCCAGGAUGUGGCUGCGCAUACGGCGGCCGUCGAGAUCAUGGACAGCCCCGACGAGGCUUUGAGGAUGAAGCGGGAUUUCCGAUACCUUAUUUAA